AUGGACGCCUCCAAACCUCCUUUAGGGAGAAGGAUGAAGCCACGCGCCCCCCCUCCUCCCCAGGCUCCUCAGGCUCCUCAGGCUCCGCAGCCUGCCCCGCGGCGUCUGCUCCGUGUUGCUGAUUCCCAGGAUGGGGCCGGUGACAGAGAGAUGAAGGAGAACAUGCUGAGUAGAACUGUGGAGCUACGCCUGACACUGCCCACAGGACAUCAGACCACUGUCACUGAGGAUGGAAGCAAAGCGCUGAUGGACGUUCUGGUGGAGCUGUGCAGCUGUUACCACCUGAACCCCUCUCUACACACACUGGAGCUGUUCACACCUGAAGGCCAGUCUUUGGGCUUCAAGCCCAACGUGCUGCUGGGGUCUCUCAAUGUUGCCUGUGUCCUCAUCAAAGAGAAAGUGCUGGAGGAGAGACAAGUACGCCGGUCUGCACCCAAAGUACCUGAAAAAACAGUGCGUUUGCUGGUGAAUUAUCAUGGCAGUCAGAAGGCCGUUGUGCGGGUGAACCCACUGCUGCCGCUACAGGAGCUCGUCCCCAUCGUCUGUGACAAGUGUGAAUUUGACCCUGCGCUUGUCGUGCUGCUAAAGGAUAGCAUCAGUCGCCAAAAGUUACCACUGGACGAGACUUUGUCCACUCUGGGAAUCAAGGAGCUUUAUGUGCACGACAAAAGCCUAGUCCUCCAGCCUAAAAUGGCUUCAGCACCUGCACUUAACUUAACAGACUGCCUGCGCUAUAGUACUAACAGUUUGGCCAGAGCAGAGAAGAAAGGUCUUCUGGGAAUGUUUCAAUUUGGCAGGAGGAAAUCUAAGGCUUUGUCAUCUAUGUAUGGGUCACAGUUUUCUGAAGAGAGACUUCCCAUGAGCCAGUCACAUUCAGCCAUGAACAUCUCUAGGACCUCUCCUAAAGCUGACGCCAAGAAGAGGAGAGCCCCCGCCCCACCUGGCAUCCCUAGUCACUCUACUGAGCACUUGAACUCUGAUGCAAAUAUGAUGGGUCUUGGCUCUGACACUGAGCAGCGAAAAAGGAAAGCUCCUGCGCCACCACCAACACCCCCGUCGCUUUCUUAUGAUUCUGAGGAUUUCUCUGCCACAGCCACACCUGUGAGCCAACACAAUCAAGCUAUCGCCUCAGAGUCAACCACGCUCACCACCACUGUUGAAAUAGAUGCUAUCAAACCAGUAACACCCUCAACAGUCCAUCUCAAACAAUCUGCCAUAUGUCUGGAAAUCAGAUCUUCCACACCAAGCAGUAUCACCUCUGACAGCCUCAUCGCCCAAGACUCAAGCUCUGAACUCAGUCCAAGCCUUGAAGAAUCCGAUGCUUCUUCUCAGACAGAGAAAUCAGAAGGUUCCACCAAUAUUUCGGCCAGUGACAUGACGACGGCCAGCAGCUCUAGGUCUGACACUGUGUCAGCUAUGAAUCUUAAAAUGGAGGAGACGAAGAACAACAGACACAGUGGAGUUGCUUGGCUUCAGUCCAUGCAAAGCACUGUAGCCAAUGAUCAAGGUAAAGAGAUGUCUCCAGAGGAAACUGUGUCUUUGGGCAGUAGCAGCAGUGGCAUGAGCUUAGCAGACCCUGGAGAAGACUCUGGCCUGGUGAGCUCUCCCUCCGAGACACAAACCACAUCCCCAGAUGGGAGUCUAUCUCUGGAUGGAAGCACAGGAGGAGAGAGGCGCGUGGGAACAGCCACCGACAAUUUCAGUGACAGCGAUGAGGGGUCUUGGGGAUCCCGACACAGAAGAAGAGAUGUUCCCCCACAUCCUAAAACAGACAAGCUCAAGCAGCCGGAUCUGUCAGCUCAGCUUCACCAGACGUUGGCAGAUUUAGAGUCAUCUCUUGCAGACAGUAAUGAAGUUCCAUUUUCUAUAGUGGAUCAUGAUGUGCCAGUAACAACCAUAGAUGAAGUCUUGCCUGAUGAAGGGUUCUGGGCAGAGUCUAUUGCUAACAAAGCCUCCAACUACAGUGAUGAGCUUCAUAAUAGAAACAAUAACGCUCAUACUGCCACUGAGACGAAUAAGGGCGCCACAAGUGACAAGUUCAAACUUGUGCAGCAACAAAGUCCAAGCCCCUCUCCCAUCUGCCAUGAGCUCCUGACAGAUAAACCCCCUACAGACCUGAAGAAUGGACACCAACAGCAGGCGCUGAAAAAUCCAGACACUACAUCACCUUCAGACUUCCCUAAAACAGACAAGAUACCUUCAUUGACAGUAACAGAGUCCCCUGGAUCGCCAGAAGAGACAGUGUUUGGGCCGAUAAAGAAGUUCAAACCAGUCAUCUGUAAAUCAGUGGAGAAGGAGACCUCUCUACACAGCAGUCUCAUGGAGGCCAUACAGAGUGGAGGUGGCAAAGAUAGACUCAAGAAGAUUCCCAUUUCUGGGGCGAAUGUCAAAACGCUGUCUUAUGUUGAAGAGGAGAAUGAGAGAUGUGCUUUAAUGGCAGCCAUCAGAGCCCAGGGCAACAGCGGAAGGCUAAGAAAGACCAAAUCUGGAGCUGCUGAGGAGCUGGAAAAUGUCCGAAAGACUGCCUUUGAUGUGAACAGUAGUGGCCAGAUUUCUUCAAUGCCACCUUCUCCUCAGUCCAUGGUCCCUUCACCAAUGGCACCUGCACCGCCCCCUCCAGUCCUUCCAGCGCCAAAGCCUUUCACCCUGUCACAACCAAAUAUGAACUCUGCCGUGGCAAGGGAGGCCAUGCUGGAGGCCAUCCGCACUGGAUCAGCUGCAGAGAAGCUAAAAAAGGUCGCUGUGCCCGCAAAGACAGUCCAAGUGAACGGAAGACUGGGAACAAUCAAGGCGACGUCCUCCACUGCAUCAUAG